UCUGACUGUGUCUGUGAAUGUGCAGGUCUGUUCCCGGAGCAUUUGAUAGAUGUGAUGCGACGUGAGCUGGCGCUGGAGUGUGAUUACAUAAGGGAAGCCAAGUGUGCUCGGAAAUUCAAGGAACUCCUGAAAGAUCACCCUUUCUUCUACGUGCCAGAGGUAAUCGACGAACUCAGCAGCCAGCACGUCCUCACCACCGAACUGGUGCCUGGAUUUCCCUUGGAUCAGGCUGAUGGACUUUCACAAGAGUUGAAAAAUGAGAUCUGCGAGAACAUCCUCAGCCUGUGUCUGAGGGAGUUGUUUGAGUUCAGAUACAUGCAGACAGAUCCUAACUGGUCCAAUUUCUUUUAUGAUCCACAAACCCACAGGGUAAGAGCUAUGUUCACUAUCACUGAUCUUUCCUGGUUAUUUACACUGCUGGUUUAGACACACUUGGCUUAAUUUGCUGUAAACCUGCUUGAAUCCUGGUGUCUUUGAAGAAGCUGAAAUAUAAGAGUGUUUUGAUGUAUUAAACAUUUGUUUGGUCACGACAUAAUUCCCUUACUUUCAUUUGUUAUAUCAUAG